AUGAGGCCUUCCAAGUUAAUCGAGGCCUUGUGGAAGUUGUUCUUGGCUAUACAGCCUGCAUAUGGGAAUGCCCUACUUGCUCGAGACACACCUCCAUUCCAUGCUUCUGCUUCGAGUCCUACACCUGUUUCGGGUUCAGCUCGUGUGAUCCCGCCUCUCCAUAUUCACUAUUAUAAUUGCCCCAAUCACACCGUCAGCACAAGAGAGCUGGGCGGCACGAGCAGACUGGUCAGCAAGAAUAUCGAGGGCGUCCGGUGCGUCCCUCGCACAUGUAGAGAAGUGCCCAGACUCAAAGACCUCCACACAUAUGGCACAGAAGUCAACGACUACCUCGCAAGGUGGCUAGACGGCGUUCUCAAAGACCCAACUCAAAGGGCUGAGAUGGAAUCUUCCGAUUCGAUUUUGGAAUACUUCGGCCAGGUACAUGUGUACGAUGGAGAAUUUAGCUGUAAUCUCGAAAACGGCUGCAAAAAAGGGCCGGACUGCGAUAAAAUAUUGUCGCACGAACUAGACAAUCCACGAGGUAGGACGGAUGAGGAGAUUGAGAGGGAAGUAAAGAUAGUUGUUCUCGCCGCUUUAAAGAUGACGACUCUCAAUGGCAUUAUGAAAAGUACCUACGCUAUGGGCAAGAACUUAGGAAAUCUCAUCUUUACAAUGCUUAGCUUCUCAAUCGGUAUCUCACAGAUCCCGUUCGCUGGAGACGUGCUUAGGUACGCGCAAUUUAUAAAACAAGUCAUUGAGCUUGAGGAAGAAGAAAGGGCGAUUCAAGCCGACAAGAAGCUGGCGAAAGCGCCCCAAGAUGGCGUUAUUCCCCAUCUUUACGCUACGGAUGCCUGUGCCGUUAACAAAAAGGUCGACAAUUUCAAAUCCAGCGCGGCAUUGAAGAAGCAUAUCGAAGAUUCGUUUGACAAUCAAAGUGAUAUGAAACAGGCCAUGUAUGGCUACCUCAUCACAACCGCGUGGAAAGCUGGAAGGUUUUAUCUCAAGUGUCAAGACGAUGGAUAUCUCGACGCCAGGUCUUGCGACAAUAAGUAUCCAGAUACUCUCCGCUACUGCCCCGAAAAUGGCAUCACUUGUCAACCAGAAGGUUACACAAUGUUCACAGAAGGAUUUAACCACGAAAUCCCAAUAAUCGGUGCAGAUAAGCUGGGACAUUGUGGAUUCGACAUGGACAAGAUCUUUGAAACAACGUACGAGCAGUAUCUCCAGCAUGGCAACGUGGCUCCUAAGGCUUUUGACUUUUCGAACCAUUCCGGGAGCUCGUUUCCUGUAUACAUCAGUCGGCAUGCUGUCGUAUGGGAUCAUGAGCAUCACAACGAGAGGAAAAACGGCAAUUUUCCUUGCACUUGCGGUCGUAAUUGGUGGUCCAGUGAGACACAAUCAUUUCUCAAAGGAAUCGGAAUGGAUAAAAGCUCACGAGCUUAUGCAUCUGCCCUCGCUUCCGACAUCCUCAUCAACACAUGUAACAAACCUCUCGAAAAGUUGCCACCAGUGACCGAAUGGAUUGCAAAAUGUAGACUCGGCGUAAGACACCAACGAUCGCAUGAUAAUAGUAUCUAUGAGCCAGCAUGGUCCGACACAUAUGAUUGGUGGGAUCUCGAGACUGAUCCGAAAUGCGAUAUGUUGCUGGGUGCGAUCGCUGAUCGGAAAUGGAAUGAGAAGGAAGCUAAUGAGCAAAUUUGUCACCAUAAGUUACCUGAGGCCGACGCAUUAUUGUGGCAAUAUUUUCGAGGGAUACAAAGAGAAACCAGACUAGAGUCAAGGUGUAUUCAGUUCAGGGAAAGCAAUUAUUGGGCGAAGUAUAACUGGGAUGAGCAAGUCCUAACAAGGGAUAAGCUUAAUCAAUUACAAAUGUAG